AUGGAGUUUACCUUCUACUCCAAGGAGGAGGAAGCUGAAGGGGACAGCCGGAGGCUGAAGGGGGCGAUCCAGAGGAGCACAGAGACAGGCCUGGCAGUGGAAAUGCCCAGCCGGACGCUACGCCAGGCCAGCCACGAGUCCAUCGAGGACAGCAUGCACAGCUACGGCUCGGAGGGCAACCUUAACUAUGGGGGAGUUUGCCUGGCAUCAGAUGCCCAGUUCAGUGACUUCCUGGGCAGCAUGGGGCCAGCGCAGUUUGUGGGCCGCCAGACCCUGGCCACCACACCCAUGGGGGAUGUGGAGAUUGGCUUGCAGGAGCGGAAUGGUCAGCUGGAAGUGGACAUCAUCCAGGCUCGGGGACUGACAGCCAAGCCAGGCUCCAAGACACUGCCAGCGGCCUACAUCAAGGCCUACCUGCUAGAGAAUGGUGUCUGCAUUGCCAAGAAAAAGACCAAAGUUGCUCGCAAGUCACUGGACCCGCUGUAUAACCAGGUGCUGCUGUUUCCUGAGAGCCCCCAGGGCAAAGUCCUGCAGGUGAUCGUGUGGGGCAACUACGGGCGGAUGGAGCGGAAGCAGUUCAUGGGUGUGGCCCGCGUGCUGCUGGAGGAGCUGGACUUGACCACCCUGGCUGUGGGCUGGUACAAGCUCUUCCCCACCUCCUCCAUGGUGGACCCAGCCACGGGCCCCCUGCUCCGGCAGGCAUCCCAGUUGUCCCUCGAGAGCACCGUGGGGCCCUGUGGCGAGCGAUCUUAGUGGUGGGGAUGGGGAGGGGCUCCCCAAGAUGGCCUGGAGACUGCCCAGCCCUGACCUGGGACCCCAGGCCCAGGGGCACAUUGAACAGAGGAGGACGGGGCUCUCCCCCCAUAGUGGGGUAGCAGAAUGGGGAGACCUGCCCCCCUUGGGCCCCUCCUCACCCCUUCUUUGCCUUUUACCCCCGAGACUUUCCCUCUCCCAAUGGGAUUGGCUGCACUUUUGACUU